AAGCAGUCUCCCGCUUUCCUCUUCAACGCUCUUUCCCUUCCUCUCCCACAGCCUCUGGACUCAAUUUCAGUAUUGAGUCUGUCAAUCAUUUCAGUCACUUACCAGUCUGCAAGUGUUGAUCCUUGAUCCUUGCUUUCAUUGGUUAUUGAGGUUCCAUUCUUUUUUGUUCAAUUGAUAGGUCUCACAGCCUUCAAUUAUUGUGGUUAGGGUGCCUCUUAAGUGUCCUCUCCUUCUCGGAAAUCUCUGGAAUUUUUGGGUAUGGAAGCUUCUAUGUAAGAGUUUUUGAAAGAUGGGAUUCGGGAAUAAUGCAAUUCAAGCUGGAAGUUUGGACGUGGGCAAGACACAUGGAAAGAAGAAAGAUGGCGCAGGGAAGCAUAGUGGUUGUUGGGCUAAAUUCAGUUGCAUCGGAAGCUGCAUACCUUCUAGAUCAAAGAUUGAUAACUCCUUAAGUGGUGGCCCAAGCGGCAAUAAUGUUGAAAACAGAUGUACAAAUGAAAAUACCAAAGAUCGAACAGUUGCUCCUCCAGAGUCCUCCACUACCACUAGUAAUGCAGGCAGUAUACCCUCAACUCCAAAAUUCAGUGAGGAGUUGAAGGUUUCUUCUCGUUUGAGAAAAUUCACAUUCAAUGAACUUAAAUUGGCAACUAGGAAUUUCAGACCAGAAAGUCUUCUUGGCGAAGGAGGGUUUGGUUGUGUCUUCAAGGGUUGGAUUGAAGAGAAUGGAACUGCACCUGUCAAACCAGGUACUGGGCUUACUGUUGCAGUGAAGACCCUCAACCAUGAUGGACUUCAGGGUCACAAAGAGUGGCUUGCUGAGCUGAAUUAUCUUGGUGAUCUUGUCCACACUAAUCUGGUUAAAUUGAUUGGUUUCUGUAUUGAAGAUGACCAAAGAUUAUUGGUUUAUGAAUUUAUGCCCCGAGGAAGUUUAGAGAACCAUCUCUUUAGAAAAGGGCCCUUGCCUCUUCCGUGGUCUAUCAGAAUGAAAAUUGCACUUGGAGCUGCAAAAGGUCUUGCCUUUCUUCAUGAGGAAGCUCAGAGGCCUGUAAUAUAUCGAGAUUUCAAGACAUCUAAUAUCCUAUUAGAUGCGGAAUACAAUGCCAAGCUUUCUGAUUUCGGACUUGCCAAAGAUGGUCCUGAGGUUGGAAAGACCCAUGUAUCGACAAGAGUUAUGGGAACAUAUGGUUAUGCAGCUCCAGAGUAUGUGAUGACUGGACAUUUGACGUCAAAAAGUGAUGUUUAUAGUUUUGGAGUAGUGCUGCUUGAAAUGCUUACUGGUAGACGAGCAAUUGAUAAACGUAGACCCAAUGGGGAACACAACCUGGUGGAAUGGGCAAGACCUGCACUCGGGGACCGGAGGAUGUUCUACCGAAUAAUUGAUCCGCGUCUUGAAGGUCACUUCUCAGUUAAAGGUUCACAGAAAGCUGCCCAACUGGCUGCUCAAUGUCUCAGCCGUGAUCCUAAAUCUAGACCCAUGAUGAGUGAAGUUGUUCAGGUUCUCAAGCCUUUGCCAAACCUAAAGGAUAUGGCUAUUUCAUCUCAAUACUUCCAGUUCACACGAGUAGAUCGCACUAUGUCCAUGCCAAAUCCCAAAAAUGGUUCAAAAACACAACUAACAUCUGUAUCAAGGAAAGGUCAGCCUGUAAGGAUCUUGUCGAGUCCAAACGGUCCACGUGGCUCUCCAUAUCGUCAUUAUUCCAAGUCGCCCAAACCUAAUGGGUGAGAAUCAUGAUUCACUCUUUCUGGUUUGCUGCUUUCUCCAUUCAAUUCCCUCAAAUUAGACCAUCAGCUGAACAUCAACGGUUGAGUUUGGAAUGUCUUUGAAACUUGAGGGGGAUCAUGAAAGUCUUAUGUCAUUAAUAUAAUCUUGAAUAAGUUGGGUUAUGCUGGAGGAUUUGCUAGGGAGACACAGGUUUAGAUUUCUUUUAUGAAGAUGCUCAGCUCACGAGUCUUCUACUUUCCUGAAUGUAUUUUUGUAAAGAAGGAAAUUUGUGGUGUUGUUAACUCAUGUUAUUCAUAGAUUUUUACAUGCUAAUUCAUCAAGAACUUCUCAUUAAGUACGCAUUAAUGUAAUUAAUAGUAUACUUUUAUGAGGUACACGCUGUCCUAGGCCAGGAGUACGUUAUUUUUGGUGUGUUGCUUUGCUCACAGUCACAGCCAAAAAAAUACAGUGUAAUAGUAGAAUUACGGAGUAAUGUCACA